AUUACUUGGGGAAUAGAAACACAGAUUAUAGUACCAGGGAAUAACCAGUGGCAAAGGCAGUUUCCUUCUACAUAUAAAGGGAGAGGAAAUAGGUCGCGAGCCACUAAUAGUAAUACUUCGCGAAUGUCUAUUUCUUACUUAUGUAGUAAUGAUUUGCCCGGACAAAAUGAUUCUAAUCAAAAACUUAGUGCUAGUUUUUUUAAUGAUAAGCCUAACAUAAAAAGGGUUUGUCGAGUAUGUCGUGAAAAAUUUGCGCCACUUCAAGUGGACAUGAAUGCCCACAAAUGCCCAAGAUGCUCGCGACAUUUUAGUUUAUAUAACCUUGAAUGGCCGUUACGAAAACAACCAAGACAACCCAAGGAAAAGGGAAAGGCCAAAGAAGAAUCGUAAUGAAAUGAUAAAUCGACGAGACAAAAAAGCGACGGCAAUGGCACCGAUAAUAACGACGACAAAUAAUAAAGGAAAAACUAGACAAAUGUCUGUACCCGUAACUUACAUAGGAGAUAAAAAAGAACAUAAUGAAAGAAUGCAGGCGAUAAUUUUCGCAGAAAGCAACGAGGAAUGGCUUCCUAUCCCUGAGAUUGAUAAAGAGAAAUAUGCUGUGGGCGAGGAACAACCAACCGCUGGCAAAGCUUUUAGUAUUUCAAUGAAGCGCAAAAGAAACGAAAAGUUCACCACCGGCGAGGUAUGGUACAAACCAUUUCUCAGAUGGAGCGCCAGUACAGGGUAUGUGCACCUAAACUCGAUUUGGCGCUAUGUCGAAUUUCAUACCUCUCCUGACAAUAAUAAAUUGAGAAUGGUGAAGAAGAAAGUUAGCAAGACUUCUCCAAGCGGCUUUGAAGAACACGGAAGUUUUUCAGCCGCAUCUUUGCAGGGCGGCUAUGCAACUUAUCAGGGUGACUGGUAAGUGGUUAAGUAACAUAAGGCUUUAACAUGGUAAAAUUUACACUAACUUAUUUUGUACUGU